AUGUCCCCUACAAUGUCGACUACGACCACUAACUUCACAGCCAUACGAACGUCGAAUACGACGGCAAGGCCACAGACUGGCUGCUGGUGGGAAUCCAAACCCGUAGGGACUUCAACUGGUUACGGCGACGCUGAAAUUAUCUGUGCCAUCAGCGAAUCUCGAGGCAUUUCUCCCACUAUUGGUCUUUCCUUUGUCAGUCUCGCUACUUCUGAAGCUACUCUCUGUCAGUUCACCGAUACUCAAACGUAUGCUCGCACCUGCCAUAAGAUCAAAAUCUAUGCUCCAUCAGAGAUUCUUUAUAUGUCUGCUGCGGAAGAUUCGAAACUCAUUUCUGUUGUUGCCGAGAAUCUUGAGGUUGAGACGGCUGGUAUCCGCAUGACAAGUCUCCAUCGCAAGUAUUGGUCUGCACUCAGUGGUCAGGAUUACGUUCAAUGUCUGGCUUUUCCAGACGAGGUAGAGGUAUUGAAAUCAUCAACUGCUGGUUAUUACUUCGCAACAUGCUGUUUCUCCGCUGUUCUGAAGCAUAUCGACAAAUCGAGGGGAUUGGCCUUUGCUCCGCAAACGCUGAGGAUCAAAUUCGAGUCCUCGGAGGGGUCAAUGUUGAUCGAUCUCUCAACAAUGGCGUCGCUCGAGUUGAUUCAGAACCUGCAGAAUGCAAAGUCUCGCGAAUGCCUGUUUGGACUGCUGAACGAAACCAUGACGCCAAUGGGCGCUCGUUUCCUCCGCAGCAAUGUCUUGCAACCAUCAACCGAUGCUGAAAAGAUCAAGAAGCGGCAAGAGGCCGUCACCGAGCUCACCACGAAAGGAGACAUGUUAUUUGCCAUUCGAUCUGCUCUCAAGUCAUUUGUCGAUGCUGAUCGUGUACUUGCGGCGCUCGUGGUCAUUUCUGCAAGACAAGACUUCCACUUCAUGGAGCAAUCCGUGAAUCAUGUGCUGCUGCUGAAAAAACUGGUCGACUCCAUCAAGCCGGUUUGGCAAGCUCUCGCUGGUGCCGGUAGCGAAGAGCUGCAGAUGAUACGCCAGCUUUGUGAGCCGGCGAACUAUUCCAACAUCGAAAAUCUAAUCAGAUGCAGCAUCAACGAGGAUGUAUCAUACUCCGCAAAACCAAUUGAGUUGCGGAGCCAGAGAGUCUUCGCUAUCAAGGUGGGUUGUAACUGCUUCCUCGACGUGGCCCGUCAAGCCUACAAAGAGCUCCAUGACGACGUGAACACAUACUUCGAUGAGCUCAAGAAGCAAUAUGACAUGAACCUGGACCUCAAAUUCGAACACGCACGCCACUAUUACCUCCGCUUCCCGACGGCUGAUCUGGACUCCCCUGCAACGCUUCCUGCCACCUUCAUCAACGCCUACAAUAAGAACAAAUACAUGGAAUGCCAGACCCUCGACCUCGUCAAAAUGAACCAAAAGCUCAAAGACACGCACGGCGAAGUCAUCACCCUCGCCGACAGCACAAUUCAAGAACUGAUUCAGCAAGUCCGGAGUCAAAUCCACCAGCUCUUCAAGAUCAGCGAAUCCAUCGCCACGCUGGACAUGAUGGCGGCUUUCGCUCACUUGACCACAACAUGCAUAAGCGGCGAAUAUACACGGCCGGAGCUCAGCACCCACUCCCUCAUGAUCAAGAGCGGCCGCCACCCCAUCCGCGCCAAACUAAUGUCCACGACACGCGAGAAAUUCGUCCCCAAUGACGUCUACGCUACGCCUCAAAACCGGUUCCACAUCAUCACCGGUGCGAAUAUGAGUGGCAAAUCGACGUAUAUCCGCUCCAUUGCUCUGAUGAGCAUCAUGGCGCAGGUAGGCUGCUUCGUCCCUGCCGAGUACGCCGCUUUCCCGCUGUCCCACGAGUUAUUCGCAAGGGUCAGCACAGACGACAACAUUGAAGCCAACGUCUCGACGUUUGCAAGCGAAAUGCGCGACAUCGCCUUUAUCAUCCGCAACAUCAGCCACAGAAGCCUGGUCAUCAUCGACGAGUUAGGCAGAGGGACAAGCACGACGGACGGACUUGCCAUCGCCAUCGCCAUCGCCGAAACGCUCAUCAACAGCAAUGCCUACGUCUGGUUUGUCACGCAUUUCCGCGAUUUGCCACGGAUUCUGGCCGAUCGCGCGGGCGUCUCGAAUUUACACCUCAGUGUGGACAUCUCGGAGGACUUCACGAAGAUGACGAUGCGGUAUAAGAUCUUGGAGGGUUAUGAGGAGGAGAAAUUCUAUGGUUUGGCUCUGGCUCGCGUGAUCGGUCUUCCACCCGAUGUCCUGGACACGGCGACACACGUGAGCAAGGUAUUGCAUGAGAGGAAUGAAGCGAAAAAACGGAACUCUAGGGCUACCGCGGCGGCGAGGCGGACCAAAUUGAUCUUGAACCUCAGAGAGCAAUUGGUCCAGGCCAGAGAGAAAGAGGUCAGCGCGGAGGCCUUAAGAGACUGGUUGAAGAAUUUGCAGGUUGAAUUCUUGGUCCGGUUGAGGGCAAUUGAGGCGGAUGCUGAAGCGGUGGCGGCGGCGACGGAGGCGGCGGAGGACUAG